AGUACUUUUUGCCCAGGUGUGUUUAUAUAGUUGGUGAAAAUGAAAAUGCAUAGUAAUGGGGAAAAAGUAGCCGAAAGCCCCUUUUGUGAAAGACAAACUGGAUAUUAUGCAGAAAUGACGUUUAUUUCUUUUCACAUUUCUCCCUCCAGCUCCUCCAGUGUUUAUCUCCUUUUUUACAAGAAAACAAAAACCCAUGAUGCAGAAACGUGUACUCGUGGAAUCAUCAAUAACGGUUCACUACCUGUGACAAGAGACGAGACUGCGGUUACGGAUGGAGAGGAGGGGGAGAAGGGAAUAGAAGUGGGUGGUGUUAGAACUGCAGAGGACAUCUCCAUGGGUAUAGAUCGACCUGUAAAGAGAGUAGAAGAUCAGGAUGAUGGAGCCAGGCAGCAAAGCAAUAACCAGGGUUGGAAGGAUGAAAGCAGUCACUUGUGCGGUUAUCCUCUAGCUGAGAAACCAAUGCAAGAUAAGGAGGAUUUGGUAAAAGAUGAUCAGGAAGGAGGUCAGACAGAAGCUGAGGAGCAGGCAGCACAGAGAGAACUGUCCCUCACAAACAAUCAGCUUAAAGACAGAGUAAAGGAUCAGGACUUUGGUGAGGCGGGGAAAUAUCAUACAGCAUCAUAUAUAAAUCACGAGUUAAAACCAGAAACCAGUGACAAGCAUGAUCAUCUUAACAAAGAUGAUAAGACGAGUGAGAAGAGAGGAGAGGGUUCUGUUCUAGAUGCUCACACUGAAAAACAAAAGCAAAACGAGGGGAACGCACUGAAGGAUAGUGAGGACGGAGGACACACGGGAGCUGAUGAGCGUAGAGAAGAGAGUAGAAUAGAGGAUCGGGAUGUUGGUGAUACAGGGAACAAUGGAGGUAUACAUAAGAGACCAGACACAAAUUGUGAGUUUAAAGCCGAUUCCAGUGACAGGAGUGCAACACACGAUCAUCGUAACAAAGGAGAUGAGAUGAGUGAAGAGAGAGUAAAGGAUCAGGACUCGAAUGAUGAGAGCAGGCACUCGCAUGAAUCUGAUCUAGAAGCUUUAAAGCAAAAGGAGGUGAACAUAUUGAAGGAUGAUGAAGAAGCUGAUGAGCAGGUAGGAGAGGAUCAGGACUUUAGCAGCGCACAAACCGAUGAUGUAAAACUGGAAACCAGCCACACGCUUGCAAGACCUGAGCAUGUUUGCGAAGAAGAUGAGAUGAGAGAAGUACAGAGGGGAGUAUUGAAUCUGAAGAUGCCCAGGGUUGAAUCAAGUCAAGGUGAUGUGGAGGAAACAAAGGAAAAGACCUCUUUAGAAAACCUUGUCAAAAUGGUGGACAAGGAGAAGGGAGAAAUAGAGGUUAAAGAUGACAGAGAUAGACAGACUGGAGCACAUCAACACACACUCAGGAAAAGACAAUACUUUUCCAGAUAUGAUCUCUGCUAUCCUACUGCUAUUGAGGAUAAAAGGCGAGCUCUGGAAAAGAUGGAACUGGAUGAUGAAGAUGACCAGGAAGGAAUGACUGAAGGUGAUAGACAAACAACAGCGAGUAAACCUCUCUUGACAAAGUAUGAUCUCUGCUAUCAGAGUCUUCAGUAUAUAACAGGAGUUGGUGACAGUGAACGGCAGAAAAGAUCAGAAGAGGCCAGGUUGUCUGACAGACAUGAGCAGCAGAGACAGCAGAGGAGGGAUAGAAACCGAGGUAAGGAACAAAGCAGAAGAGAGGAUGAACCAGCACAAAGAAAAGAAACAUCUACAACCAAACGUGGCUUAAGUGCAAGUUUGGAAGAUGAGAACGAGAGAGAAGUGGAUGAUUUUAAACUGAACAAACCAGAGCAGCAAAUCAGUGUUUCCAACACAAAACAUGAAUCCGUUAGUGCAGAGGAAAAGACAACACAGAGGGAUUCGAAGCCAAAAGAAAGAUCUGGAUGUAAAGAAGUUACAGAGGGUGGUGGUGGAUCAGGAAUAUAUUGCAAGAUAAUUGAGGAGGAUAUUAUGAAAACACCUGGUGGUAAUCAAAUAAGUAUGAGCAAAACCAUAAGAAUGAGACGAGUAGGAGAAACUGAAGAAACCCAAACAGAACAAGACUGAUGUAAAUGUUAUCUAUCGCUGCUGUGAUCGUGAUUGUACUUGUAGUGUUUAGUGUACUGAACAAUAAUGCAGGUUUAUGCAGGUAAAUACACUGUAGACCUUUGACCCUUUUGGUUAAUGUACUCUGAGAAUAUGUUUGUCAAUCUCUCUCCUCCCUCCCUCCCUCCCUCCCUCCCUCUCUCUCUUUGGUUUGAUUGAUCCAGUUAAAAGAGAUUUUACAAAGACAAUAUCUCUGUCCGUUUUAUUCUUAGGGGUUAACGCUUAAUGUAAGUUAAGGUGUAGUUUAAGAUAAAAAAUAUUGUGUGGGAAUUCAAAUGUAAACAUUUGUAUGCUGUGGUACUUUAACUUUGAAUGUGUUCUUUUGUAUGUAACUGCUGCAAACUAGAGCUGUUGGUCUCCAUGUUGCUUACAGGCAAAUUACAGUGGUAACACAAACAUUUUCUUUUCUUUGAAACCAAUAGAUUGUGUCGUUAUUUACCAUAAACCAUUAGGGACUUUCAUUUAUUUGUUAAAGAAUAAAACUGUGUGGAGGAUCAUUGAAAA